AUGGCCGCGCGCCCCGGGGCGCUCUGGCUGCUGGGCCUGGCGCUGUGCGCGCUGAGCGGCGGCGGCGUCCCCGGGCCGCGCCCCCCGCUCGGCUGCCCGCAGCGCCGCCUGGGCCCGCGCGAGCGCCGCGACCUGCAGCGCGAGAUCCUGGCGGUGCUCGGGCUGCCCGGCCGGCCCCGGCCCCGCGCGCCCCCCGCCGCCCUGCUGCCGGCGUCCGCGCCGCUCUUCAUGCUCGACCUGUACCGCGCCGUGGCCAGCGACGACGACGAGGACGGCGGGGCCCCCGAGCGGCGCCUGGGCCGCGCAGACCUGGUCAUGAGCUUCGUCAACAUGGUGGAGCGUGACCCCGCCCUGGGCCACCAGGAGCCCCACUGGAAGGAGUUCCGCUUUGACCUGACUCAGAUCCCGGCCGGGGAGGCCGUCACAGCCGCGGAGUUCCGGAUUUACAAGCUGCCCAGCACCCACCCGCUCAACCAGACACUCCACAUCAGCAUGUUCGAGGUGGUCCCGGAGCAGUCCAACAGGGAGUCUGACUUGUUCUUUUUGGAUCUUCAGACGCUCCGAUCUGGGGACGAGGGCUGGCUGGCGUUGGACGUGACAGCAGCCAGUGACCGCUGGCUCUUGACCCGUAACGAGGACCUGGGACUCCGCCUCUAUGUGGAGACGGAUGACGGGCGCAGCGUGGAUCCUGGCCUGGCCGGUCUGCUGGGGCGACAGGCUCCGCGCUCCAAACAGCCUUUCGUGGUCACCUUUUUCAGGGCGAGCCCCGGCCCGGGCCCCGCCCGAGCCCCUCGAGCGGUGAGGCCCCUGAAGAGGAGGCCGCCGAAAAGAACCAACGAGCUUCCGCCCCCGAACAAACUGCCGGGGAUCUUCGAUGAUGUCCACGGCUCCCACGGCCGGCAGGUGUGCCGUCGGCACGAGCUGUACGUGAGCUUCCAGGACCUGGGCUGGCUGGACUGGGUCAUCGCCCCUCAAGGCUACUCAGCCUAUUACUGUGAAGGGGAGUGCUCCUUCCCGCUGGAUUCCUGCAUGAACGCCACCAACCACGCCAUCCUGCAGUCCCUGGUGCACCUGAUGAAGCCGGACGCGGUCCCCAAGGCGUGCUGUGCGCCCACCAAGCUGAGCGCCACCUCCGUGCUCUACUACGACAGCAGCAACAACGUCAUCUUGCGCAAGCACCGCAACAUGGUGGUCCGCGCCUGCGGCUGCCACUGA